ACUUCCUCUUUUCUAGUUGACCAGAGCCCUUCAGGGCUGCAGACAGCUGUAGUGACUUAUUCACUCUAAUGCUACAACAUGUGGCAGCUGCUGCCACCAACAGCUCUGCUACUUGUAGUUUCAGCUGAUCUGGAGGCUGCAGAUCCUUCAAAGGCUGUGGUUUCCCUCGACCCUCCCUGGUACAGAUUGCUCCAGCAGGACAAAGUGACUCUAAAGUGUCAGGGGACCUACCUCCCUGGGGAAAAUUCUACACAGUGGUGGCACAAUGACAAUGCCACCUCAGUUGAGACCUCCAGCUACUUCAUUGCUUCUGCAAAGACUACAGACAGUGGAGAGUACCGGUGCAAGACAGGCCUUUCCACACUCAGUGACCCCGUGAAAUUGAAAGUUUAUGCUGAUUGGCUGGUACUCCAGGCCGUUAAGUCAGAGUUCCAGGAAGGGGAGAGAAUUGAGCUGAGGUGCCACACCUGGAAAAAUAAACCUGUGCAUAAAGUCACAUAUCUCCAAAAUGGCACAGGCAGGAAGUUCUCUCAUCAGAAUACCAUGUUCCACAUUCCAAAAGCAACAUACAGCCACAGUGGCACUUACUUCUGCAGGGGCCUUAUUGGGAAUAAAAAUGUUUCUUCGGUAUCUCUAAACAUCACUGUUAAAGGUGUUGCAAUUCCAUCCAUCUCACCCUUCUUUCCUCCUUGGCAUCAAAUCGCCUUCUGUCUACUGAUGGCUCUGCUGUUUGCAGUGGACACGGGCCUGUAUCUCUCUGUGCGGAAGCUCAGUCUGAGACUGAUGAAACCACAAAUUGAAAUGGAGCUAGAGCCCUCAGACAAGUGA